GUUUUACUCCUUAGUCCUUGGUCCUUGGUAAAUCAGUGGCAGAAGACAUAACAUGCUACUUCGUACGAUUGGUUUUUGUUGGACAACAGCUGCAGCCGCCAGUGUUCCACUUUUCAUUACUAGCAGUUACCUUAACCGUGUGCUACCACCUUUUUCUUCAAUACCGCUUUCAAAUUCCAAACCAUUAUUAUUCCCUUCCCCUUCUUUUUCUCCUUCUUCUUCUUCUUCAUUAUCAUCAUCAUCAAAUUCAAUUCAAGUGAAGCACCACCACCACUCAGCAAUGGUGACUCUUCUUGUUGCUACAACCUCCGACCCUGCUUCCAUCAACCCUGCCAAUGCCCUCUUGGCCAUGCCAGCUUGGCAACCAGGUCCCCAUCUCCAGGAUGAUAUGAAGAGUUUCUGUAAUGAAGGGGUUAGGGUUUUGCUUCAUGGGAAGAGCAUAGUGGUGGAGGAUGACUUGGACAAGAGGUGGGAAGAGAAGACUGGUGAGGUUGUUGAUGAGGUCAUCUUCUUCAGCAAGCACACUGCUGUUUCUAACAAACCUGCCCUCACUGUUCAUCCCAUUGGAGUUCCUCAUUUGCGCGAGGGUGAUGUUCCACCCCAGGGUGGGAAACCGGGAUGGGCUGCACUGCCGAAUCCUCGGAUAGGUCCUUGGCUUCGACUUUUGAAGAAAUUGGCUCAAGCUCAUAAUCUGGUCCCUGAAUUUGAGAUUACUUUGGAGGCCACUCAUCACGGGCCAUUCACAAAUAAGCCAACAAUGUUUCUUGAGAUUGGUAGUACCGAAGACUAUUGGAAAAGACAGGAUGCUGCUCAAGUAAUGGCUCAGUUAGUAUGGGAAGGACUUGGACUCGGAGGAGGGACAGAUGUCGGAAACUGGAGCAGGGAGAAUGAUAAGAAGAAAGUCCUUCUUGGGAUAGGUGGCGGACACUAUGCGCCUCGGCAUAUGGAUGUAGUAUUGAAAGACGAUGUUUGGGUGGGUCACCUCCUUUCCGGAUAUUCAAUUCCGAUGGAAGAUCCGAACCAAGCGAAAGGAGAAGCAAAUGCGGAGAUUGGUGGAACUUGGAGACAGUCUAUAUUAGCUGCAUAUGAGGCCACUAGAGUUGCUUUCCCGGGUGGCGAAAUUCUCGCACAUCUCGACCACAAGAGUUUCAAGAGCUGGCAGAAGAAUGCUAUAACAGCAUUCCUUACUGAACAGAACAUAAAAAUUGGAAAGCCAACUAAUUUUUACUGAGUAUUGAUUUUGAAGAUUUUUUUGUAAGACCAGAUUAGGCAUUUGGUCAAGUCCAUUUGAGAUAAUUUGGGUAAGUGAAAUUUGAGGCAAAAUGGUAGAUAAAUUCUAAUUACAAUGAAAAACAGAACAAAAUAUUGUUUAUACAAGUCAAACACUAGCGAUCCUUAGCAUUUAUGCAAUGUAAUGCUUGCAUUUAUUUUGCAGAAA